AUGCCUCCCAAGAGAAAGGCGACUGACAGUGGUCGGUCUAGCAGCGUCUCCAAGCGACCUACACCAGUGCCCGACUCCACCGAACUCUCCAGCAGCGAUGAGUACUCAGACGACGGGGAUGAUGACGUACCGGAGCGGAACAACCUGAAAGAGGUUGUUAGCAAGUUCUCCUUGGAGGCCUUCAGCAAGAAAUCCCAGCUCAACAAAACCGACCCCAGAUUUGGUUACAAAGAUCUUUCCUAUCUUCCGCUUAAGCCUGAUCACUACAACCGACCUCUAUGGAUCGAGCCGGUGAAAGGCACGAUCACUCUCGAGAGUUUCUCCCCGUUGGCACCCCAGGCACAAGAUUUCCUUACCACCAUCGCCGAACCACUCUCACGUCCCACCCACCUUCACGAAUACCGCCUCACAGGUCACAGUCUUUAUGCGGCAGUUUCAGUAGGACUGAAGCCCCAGGAUAUCGUGGAGUUCUUGGAUCGACUUUCCAAAACCCCUCUACCGGAAAGUAUUCGCACUUUCAUUAUAGAAUUCACAAAAUCAUAUGGCAAAAUCAAGAUGGUUCUGCGACACAACCGAUACUACGUGGAAACGACGGACCCAGAGAUGCUUCAGCGGUUGUUGAAAGAUGAGGUUAUCGGGCCACAAAGAAUCGAGAGCACUGAGGGAAUUAUCCAGCGUGCGGCUCCGAAGAUGGGCGGUCUCGUCAUUCCUGGAACGAAGGAUGCGGCUGGUGUAAGAGAAACAGGCACUCAGCAGAACGCUGCUGUGCCAGCUCGGGAUGAACCCGAAGAAGCGGUGGUGGAUUACGGCAUCGACGAUGUUGGUGAGGACGUUGAUGAAGCCACCACAUUCAGUUUCGAAAUUCCUCCUGCUGGAGUUGAAGUGGUCAAAGCCCGUUGUCAAGCGAUUGGAUGUCCCGCCUUGGAAGAGUAUGAUUUCCAGGGUGACACUGUCAACCCCAAUCUCGACAUGGAUUUGAAACCUGCCGCUCGGAUUCGAUCUUACCAGGAGAAGAGUCUCAGUAAGAUGUUUGGUAACGGACGUGCGAAGAGUGGAAUCAUUGUUCUUCCUUGUGGCGCCGGUAAAACCCUAGUGGGUAUUACCGCUGCAGCGACUAUCAAGAAAGGCACUAUCGUUCUCUGCACAAGCUCCAUGUCCGUUGUGCAGUGGCGAAACGAAUUCUUAAGAUGGACCACCAUUGACCCUGGCGAUAUCGCUAUCUUCACAUCUGACCAUAAAGAGAAGUUCAAGCGGUCUACUGGAAUUAUCGUUUCGACCUACUCCAUGGUGUCACAGACUAGGGCGCGCUCCUACGAUGCCCAGAAGAUGAUGGACUGGCUUCAAUCUCGAGAGUGGGGUAUGAUGAUUUUGGAUGAAGUUCACGUCGUGCCUGCCUCGAUGUUCCGAAAGGUCACAUCUGCGAUCGCCGCACAGAGCAAGCUCGGUCUGACUGCAACUCUACUGCGUGAAGAUGAUAAAAUUAAGGAUCUGAAUUUCUUGAUUGGUCCCAAACUGUACGAAGCCAACUGGAUGGAACUUGCUGCCCAGGGUCAUAUCGCCAAGGUCCAGUGUGCCGAAGUUUGGUGCCCCAUGACAACUGAAUUCUAUUCAGAGUAUCUGCGAGAGAGCUCAAGGAAGCAGGCUUUGCUCUAUAUCAUGAACCCACGCAAGUUCCAAGCAUGCCAGUUCUUGAUUGACUUCCACGAGAAGCGAGGAGAUAAGAUCAUUGUUUUCUCUGAUAAUGUUUAUGCGCUUGAGCGAUACGCACUCAAGCUGAACAAAGCUUACAUUUACGGUGGAACCCCGCAAAAUGAGCGAAUGCGUAUUCUGGAGAAUUUCCAGCAUAACGAGCAAGUCAAUACCAUCUUCUUGUCCAAGAUCGGUGAUACUUCGCUUGAUCUGCCCGAGGCCACAUGUCUGAUUCAGAUAUCGUCUCACUACGGUUCGCGUCGUCAAGAGGCUCAGCGACUGGGUCGUAUUCUUCGUGCCAAGCGCCGUAAUGACGAGGGCUUCAACGCGUUCUUUUACUCUCUUGUAUCGAAGGACACCAACGAGAUGGUCUACUCGGCUAAGCGCCAAGCCUUCCUUGUUGACCAAGGUUACGCCUUCAAGGUCAUCACUCACCUUCAGGGAAUUGAUGAAUACGACGGGCUCUCAUACGCGACACCCGCAGAACGGCGUGAGCUUUUACAAGAAGUCAUGCUGCAGAAUGAGUCCUCGGCCGACGUGGAGCAGGUUAACGAUGAUCUUUUCUCCAUGCGUACUGGAGGCAAGCGCAAUGGCAAGAAGUCCAAUGCCAAACGUAGUGCUGCCACCCUCAGUGGGUUGGCUGGCGGUGAUGAUAUGGCCUACAUUGAAUACAACAAGAGCAAAAAUAAGCAGCUCAAGGACAAAGCGGGACAUCAUCCGCUGUUCAAGAAGAUGGAACGUGAACGCCAACGGCGCAAAAAGGAGCGAGAAACAGCACAGUGA